GACUGAGACAACAGUUUUUAUUUGUCUUUCAGUUUAUCAACAACAACAUGUCUUUUCAAGAAAGAAUGAGUUCACCGCAGAGUGUUCCCUGAAGAGAUACGAUGGGUUGGAUCUUUGUCCAGAGAACAGUUUCCUCUGGUUGGAUGAAACAGGAACUGAACUGACUGAAGGUGUUAGAAACGAGUCAAGAGGACCAACAGUCUGUGUUUUCUCUCUAACUGUGAAGCGUCAGAGCGACACCAGCAGAAACUACACCUGCCAGUUUGUUGAAGGAAACAUAGUGAAGGUUGAAGCUCUCUUCACACCACCAUGGCUUGAAGAACCCGUCCAUCUCUACCACAGAGCAGGAGAUGAAGCUGUUUUAUUCUGUAACAAACCUUCAUCAUCCGACUCAUGCUCCUCUGUUAACUGGAUUUUUGGAAGAAAUGGGGACAUGAACAUUCAACGGGAAGUUAAAAAAGGAAUGGUUCAGAGUUCACCUCGUUCUGCCAGGCUGAGUUUGGACAGAAACUGUUCUCUGAUCAUCAACAACAUCAUGGCUGAGGAUGCUGGAUGCUACAAAUGUCUGCUUUGGAACAGAGGUCAUAAUGAUGCACAUGUGCACUUAAAUAAUAUGAUCAUCUCUUCAUCUCCACCAGAUGUUGACCCAACAAAGAAUGAAGAGAUCACAUUACUCUGUUCUCUGAUGAGACUCGGUUCUUGUCCAGAUAAAAGUUUCCUCUGGGUGGAUGAGACAGGAAGUGAACUGACUGGUGAAGGUGAUGGAUAUAAAUAUGGAGGACAGAUUGGUUGUGUUUCUAGUCUGACUGUGAAUCUUCAGAGCAGCAGAAGAUUCACCUGCCAGUUUGUUGAAGGAAACAAAGUGAAGAUAGAAGCUCACUACCAGUGUAAAGGCCCCCCCGCCUCGUCUCCUCUGAGCUUCAUCAUGUUGACUCUGAAGAUCACAGGACUGAUCCUGAUGGUUGGAAUCACUGUUGGUAUCAUCAGAACCAGAGGAAGAAAAAAGCCUCAGAAAGACGUUAAUGUUCGUUUUUCUGUUGAUGACGACUCAGUGAGCUUUGAAAAUGAUGGAGAACGUUCUGCUGCCGCCGCUCUCCACUGAGCUUCAUCACAUCCAGGAUGGUUCAUUAAAAAAGCUUCAUUUUAAUCAUUAGCUGGUACAAAAGUAUAUUUUGCAUGGAGUUUUCUGCAUAUGAGUAUUAAUUUUGAACUGUGUUGGAUUCAGUGUGUUUUAUUUUUUUAAUCCAUUAUAAAUAAUUCUAAAAGCUGUUUGAGAGAAGAAGCUUUUACUCUGUAAAUAUGUUGUUUGCUUCCUUUUUAGUGCAAAUAAAAGCUUUUCUGCAUAUUUGCUUUAAUUUUAAAGAACUUAUUUAAUGAAAGGAAGUGAUGUAGAGCAUGAGGGAUUUACUGAUCACUCAUUGGUUAAUAUUCAGAAAGUGGGAGGAGAGAAGAGAAAAGACAGGAAGUAAAA